UAUGUUUCUAAAGGCUGGACAAGUUCUCUUGGCCAGCGCGCUUCUUCUUCAUGGAGCUGUCGUUGCAGAAGCUUCAGUGGGUGGCAGUCACUCUGAGCCAGCCCCACUGAAGCUUCGAGCGAUCAGUGAUCCUGCAGAUUUGAUCAAAGGUAUUCCGAGAAGACGAUCGGCUACAGGAAAUGAGGUGUUCGAUCCCACUGAUAACCAUUCUUUUUAUUGGGGCGAAAACACCGGCGACGAUGUCGUGCUUGCCAAUUUCACAAUGGAAGCCCCUGACGCCUUCGAGAAGCUCGUUCCCAUCGAGAAUUUUGCAGACCGACUGAAGACUAUCACGUGCACAAACGAUUCCAUUGUUAUCGAAUUUGCCUCCGAUGAUUGCUACAACUACGCCUCUGGGGUUUGGGAAUGGGUGAACGAAAACCAGAACCACAGCAUGACUCUAGUCACAAAGCCUGGACAGUGCGAUCCGGACGAGGAACGUGAUCCUUUCGCCGUCAGCGAAGUAGUAUUCGACAAAGAAGGUCUCAAAGCUACGCUAGUUGCUAAGCGUUUAUCAUGGAAGAAUGCGGCCCACGACUUUACCCUGACCACCAAGCACUUCCAAGAUGCUCGCAAGCCCGAAGAGAACACGACGAGCUUGGCUGAGGUUCACAAGCCCGCAAAAAAACGGUUUAUACCCUUGAUCGUCGGUGCUAUCGUGGGCGGAAAAAAGGCAGCGGAGAUCUUACCCGGUAUCGAGCUCAUCGAGAAAAAAGAAAAUAAGGAGUUGAACAUGGAAUGGAAAUUUGAAUCAAACCUUAUCAAAGAAACAAAAUCGAAAACAGGGCUCGAUCUUGAGAUCAAUCCCAAGAUUGAGACAGCCGGAAAGCUGCUACUUGAGGUUGAUAUCAAGGCAACCACGCAUGGACUCGAGAGGGCGAAGAUGAGUGUUCGUCCACGAGGUCUCUCGGCUGCAGUCUCAAUUGGCAUUAUCGCGAACGGCAAACUCGGCAAGGAAAUCGAUUACAAGCUGCCUACUAACGUCAAGAUUCCAGUCGCAGCUAUCUCCCUGGGUAAGCUCAUGCACCUGGGACCCAAAGUCGAGGGAGGUCUAUUCUUUAGAUCCAGCAAAAUCGAAGGAGAAGCCAAAGGUUCCGUCGGAACGAAAGCUGUCUUUGACGACAACGCUGUCAUCUCAGUUGAUGUCAACGACAGGAACGGGAAUAAACUUGAACGAUGGGAACCAAAAUUCGAGAGAAUGGGUCCAGAGUUCGAGGGUACUCUUGAGGGUGAAGUUAGAAUUGGUGUCGUUCUAGGCAUUGGCCUCGAGGCUUCCAUCGCGGACGGGAGGUAUGGAGUGGAAGCUAAGAUCGAGGCGCAAGCUCCAUACUUCGAGGUUGGUAUGAAGAUGGAAAAGAAUGACGAGGGUGUGUGCGAAGACAAGAAGAAGACGAAAGGUAUCUCUUUCGGUGCCAAAGCCGGUGUUGCUGUCAGUAUCAGAGCUGGCAUGACAAAGAAGGAGCCAAUUUUCAACCAGCAGAUCUUCGACCAGGGAUGGCCACUGGACUGGAAAGCCUGUAUCGGCAUGGGAGCAGACAAGCCUCCACCUGUCGAGGUUAACCUUGACUACGAUGGCGGAGAAGCCGAAGAAAGCGAUGGAGAUGACGGUCCUCUCGGAGAACAAUACCCUAAAGUCAGCGAUGGUAAGGACGAAACUUCGGAUAAUGACGAUGAAAAACAAACUCCUGCCGAAGGGGACGACGAAGAUGAUACCCCGGUAGACGGAGAGACCCCUACAGAUGGCAGCGAUGAAGGCGGUAGCUCUACUGAUGGUAGCGACGAAGGCGAAAACUCUACUGAUGGCAGUGAUGAAGGCGAAAACUCUACUGGUGGCAGCGAUGAAGGCGAAAACUCUACUGGUGGCAGCGAUGAAGGCGACGACCUUCCUGAUGGUAGCGAUGAAGAGAACCUAUCCAGCUCAUCUCAAGCUUCCAAGAGCACAGCGAAGAGUUCCGGUGCAUCCUCGGCUUCUGAGGCUACAAAGACGUCCUCUUCUGGCGAUAGUGAAGAUGCCGAAGCUACUAUUUCUGGAGGUGCUAGCAGCAAGUCAAGCGUAUCUUCGGCAACUAUCACGCCCCCACCCACUUCCACCCCCACCGAGGGAAGCCCGGAAGAUGAGCAGGAAGACCAGGAGGAUAACGAAGAGGAAGAAGAGGACGAGCAAGGACAGGAAGAUGAAGAUAUUGAUGAAGAUGAAGAGGGUGGUGCGGGCUCAAGUAUUUCUCAGGGCGCUAGUAGCAAGUCAACAAUAACUGGCGCAUCAUCGGCAGCUAUUACACCCACGCCAACACCCACUCCGUCUGGAACCAUCUCAGAGGACAAAGAGGAGGAAGGGGAGGAGGAGGAGGAGGAGGAGGAGGAAGAAGAUGAUGAAGCAGUAGAUGAUGAAAAUUCCAGUAGCAAGUCAACAAUUACUGGUGCAUCGUCAGCUACCAUAACAUCCGCGCCAACACCCACUCCAUCUGGAAGCAUCGAAGAGGGCGAAGAGGACCAAGAAGAGGAAGAGGAAGAUGCCACCGAUUCGACUAUCUCUCAGGGCGCUGGUAUCACCAAAACGUCUUCUGGAAGUCCUUCCACCUCUACGACCCCUACAUCGACGCCAACGCCGACCUCAACACCGUCCACAGGCAGCGAGGAGGAAGACACCGGCGCAGCAGGUUCGACUAUUCCAAAUGAUGCCAGUACCAAGACAACAGCAUCCAGCGCCUCUUCAGCAGCAUCUACCACUCCCAAGCCGAGCCCAUCGAAGGGCGCCGAUGAAGAAGUGGAGGAUGAGGACGAAAGUGCGGGGUCCGGAUCUACCAUCUCGGGAGGAAUGAAAAACAGCACAAUGAGCGCUACCGCAUCUUUGAGCUCUGCAAAGUCAAAGUUGAGCACGUCUUUGCGGACCGCUAAGGCUUCAGCAACUAGCUCUCUCGCAGGACUUUCCUCGAAGGGAACACCAACAACAUUGGUCACUGCUGUUGUCUCGCCGUCUCCAGUUUCCAACAAUGGAGAGGCAGAUGAUGAAUACGACGAAGACGAGGUUGCGCAGGAUCAUGACGUGGGCACAGCGGUAGAGUAAAGUUAAGGUGCUUGAUUGAUUCUCUUCUUAUACGAUCUAUUUUCUUUUAUAUUCUAAUCAGCAACCAUCCUGUUUAACCUCGUUCACUAGCUUAGACGGGAAUGAUCAUGGGUGCUUCCUUAGGGCUUUAUCAAUAAAUACAUAGAUGGCAUAUGACUUUCACUCAUCCUGAAAACCUUACGAUGCGAUUCAACGUUGAUUCCAAGUGACUUGUGAUUCCGCAGAACGUGUUACAUUCAUUGCAUAGGACGAACCAUCAGAUCAUCAAAUAGCCGCAUGCCUUGAAGAUAUAGAUUGUUCUGAGUCGUUAGCUUGCAAUGUGAUUUUGGCGCAUGAUCCCACUCCCGCAAUUGGGCUUCUUCAAUGCCCUAUCUUGCCAAACAGCAUUUUCUGGGUGCUGAGUCUCGUGUUGCGCUUUGAAACGUUGAGCAUGCCUCGGUUCCAUAGCGCCUCGUGC